CUGUUUAUAUCUUGCUAUCUCGCUCACUUUCAUCCCUUGAUGGCUGAGGUAGCCAUCAUCUUACAUCGAGCACGCCGAACAAUGAACACGGAGCAUAUCCAAAGUCAGGAGAGAUGCAUUCGCAGCGCUUGAUCUUCGCGCUGCUCCCGCUACUGUUCGCACAGCAUGCAGCAGGCUUCACCCGAUGCGACAUCUCCCAUUGCAGGACGAGUAUUGCAAGUGCUUUGCAAACCAACCCUGUGUUUGGGUACGAUGACACGGUCUUUGCCAACAUACCCGCAGGUCCAGACAAUGCAACAUUGUGGUUACAUGGGUGCGAGAUGUUCUGUGCGGCCAACAGAACAAUCGUAGACGACUGCCCCGCACGCCUGGUGCAAUGGUUUCUCCCCGUGCUCUUCCUCGUCGUGAGUGUCAUUACGCCGCCGAUGGUGCCUUGGGCCCGUGUCUGGAUCGUCCUGCGACCGGUGGCUGAUCCAUGGUCGGCUGUCUUUGCGCUUGCCUAUCAUAUUGAGCUCGCGCAUAGGUGCUGUCUUGCUGUCCAACCACUGGCAGCUCAACUGGGAGAUGGAGCGGAACCAGCUUCAGCGAUUGAGGGUCAGGUGAACAUUUUAUUUCGGAUGCUGACCAAAUUGUUCCGAGAUACUCUGUCAGCCAUACAGCACACAACCCUGAACAUGGCCAAAGCAUCGCUAAGGCUGUGCCAGGACCCGCCACUCGAAGAGUGCCUUGCACUAGUCCUCCUGACGCUAGUCGAGAUGGAACCUGGCUCCAGUCCGACAACAGGUCUGGAACGCCUUCGUAGCCUCCUCCAGACUUCAUGUUCGGCGACGAAUAAGAGGCUUGUAGGUCACGUCUACACGAUCGCAAGCAAAUUGAUGGACAAUCGCUCGCACAGCACCCUUCAAGCCGUGCUCACCACCAUCUUUUGCGCAGUCAGCAUUCUGAUAGCCACUGUCCCAGCAGUCGGCGGCUCGACGCCCUCUGGUGCCAUGGUCGCGGCCGCCCUCACACUGUCACCGCUCAUCACAGUUGUUCUCUUAAGCAAUGCCAUCGGUGCGCCUGCAUCACUACGUCGAGUACAAGAAAUCAUGAAUGAAUUCGACGAACGAUGCACUGCCUCACAUCCGGGUCCAUUAUUGGUUACUUCGAGCGCCAUCAACGCGGCCGAUCUUGACAGUCUUGUCUUCACAAGCGGCACGACGUGGUAUCAACCAAGACGCUCAGACAAAGGAACUUUGCCCCUUACUGCGUACUUCGGAAUAACGACCAUACUGCUGCUUACUGACUUCAUCCUUUCCUUCGCGGCCGCGUUCGUUGCGCUCGCAGGCCCGCCAGCCUACGUCAACGACCGCCACUGGGUCUUAGUCGGCUUGUUCUUCGCCUGGGUUGCCAACGCCCUCACAUCCCGCAUCCUCAUACAUUGGCUAGCCGGCAGCGACAAAGAGCCCCGUAGUUAUCAGCGCUUAGGCCUGUACACUGGCAUUAAAGACCUUGCUGUGGCGCUCGCAGUAGCCGUACUGUUUUCGGCUACUACGUGUGGCUGGCUGAGCACCUGCCGUAUUUGGGCCAACAUGUACGGGUUUCCAGGACGCAGCUCCCACACGGUGCCGCUGAACAAUGAUGCAGCAUUUCAUUUCAACAACUACACGCUGUAUCCGUGGCUCGUGGGUGUCUGCCUGGGCUCCCACUUUCUGACUUACAUUCUGAUCAGAUGGUUCCUAUGGCCGUGGACGACAUUCCGUCUCUUUGCUUAAAGCAUGGAGGAUGUUUGUGCUCGAUGAAGUUCGUGAGCCGGGGAGAGGCAGCUCCUUCAACAAUGCGAAAAGUUUACGAUGACAGCAAUACGCCGCCCGUAUAUGCCGGAGAACGUGAUGUCCAGAUCUGUCAGGUUUGCCUCGAGUCGCUCCAGAUACUGUGUAACGAUUCAUCUGUUGU